AUGAAGUCCGCAACUGUAGCUUUCGGCCUCUUCGCCGGUAUGGCCUCGGCUUCUUACCACCAACCCCGUCACUUCCACUGGCGACGAAAUGAUACUGCUCCCGGGCAGUACCCCGUUGAAUCUUCAACUACCCUAACCGUCGCCAUCACCACCGUCCACACUAUUACCUCGUGUGCUCCUACUGUCACGAACUGCCCGGCCGCCACCGGCAACAGCACCGGCCCUGCCGUCGUCACCGAGGUCAUCGAUCUUACCACUACCGUCUGCCCCGUCACUGCUAUCGAGUCUGUUUCCAAGUCUCUAGUCGGUGCUCACAGCAGUGGUCUCAUUUCCGGCUCCACCCGCACCGUCACUUUUACUCCCGCACCUACCACCUCCACCAGCGGUAACUCUCCUGAGGCUACCCAGCCCAGCAAUGGCGCCGGCGUUUCUGUUUACCCUACUCUUAGCACCGUCGACCAGACCGUCAGCAUCACUGUCGGCCCCGAGAGCUCUCGAUCUGUUUUGGUCACUACCCUAAAGUCCACCCUCACCCAGAUGGUUACAGUUACUGCUGUUCCUAUCCCCGAAUCUAGCUCGGACAGUGGUAACAACAAUGGCAAUGGUAACGGCUCUGGCUCCGGCUCCGAUGUUAGUAGCGAGGCUACUACCACCACCACCCGAACUUCCACUGGUACUCGCACCGUCACCGUUACUCCUGUCGAGACCUCCACUGCUGUCAAGGCUGAGGAGACUGGCUCUGGUAACGAUUCCGGAAACGGCAAUGGUAACGGCGCUGGCGAGUGCGUUGCCACCACUGUCACCGUUACCGAGACCCAACCUGCCAGCACUGUCUACAUCACCGCCCCUGCUCCUGAGGCCACUGGUGCUAAGCCCGUCACCUCCGAGUCUGCCUCUGCCUCUGCCCCUGUCUCUGCUUCCGAGUCUGCUGCUGCUACCACUACCGGCACCCCUUCGACCGGCAGCGGUGAGGGUGGAGAUGAGGGUGAGGAUGUGGGUGAUGACUGCCCCCCUGAGGAGAGUGAGACUGGCGUCGUAACUGCUACUGCCACCGCAACUGUUGUCCCCUACCCCACUGGCAGCGGCAACGGAAAUGGAACUGCACCUAUCUACCCUACCGGCACUGCGCCCAGCGUCCCUAUCGGCACUGGUUCCGCCCCUAGUGUUCCCAUCGGCACUGGCUCUGCACCCAGUGUCCCCGUUGGUACUGGUUCUGCCCCCAGCUAUCCAACCGGUACUGCCAUCCCCACCGUCGUCCUCCGGUAA